AUGCCACAGCAGGCAAGAUACAGCAGUGGGUGCGAUGCAGGGGACGAUAAAUAUGCCAGUGGUCUAGAGCUCAUCCUAUUCGGUGCUACUGCUAAAGGGCAAGUAUGCACUGCAGUCUCCUCUCGUUUUCAGCACCUCUUAAGUCAGCAGAAAAUAGUGAGUGAUAGUACUGAUGGUAAUGGUAGUAACAAUAAUAGGAGCAUUAGUUAA